UGCGGAAGUGGGGGUUGGGGGCAGCGCGCCAAAGGAAACAUUCACCCUGGGCACCACAAAGUCUAGAACCGGCCCUGUGUAGGAUGUAUGUUGUGACAGUAAUGCUGGUGAUUGCAACAAGGCCAGGGCUCUAGAAGCAGGGCGGCUCUAUCAGUAUCUUCCAAGAGGCUCUGCAGCAGCUGAGGAAGUCUCCAAGUUUUAAACAUGAGAUUGUGCUGUAAUGCAGAAGGAGGACACUGCGACUGAUAAUGUGACGUGGACCAGGAGGAAAGGUGACAAGGAAAGGCCAUUUCGUCCCCACUGUACACCAGCGAACUAGCAAUGUGGGACAAAGGUCCGCAGCAGAGACAGCGUGUACUCCAACCCCCAGCAGCGGCUGCUGUCAGUGAGAUCCUCCUAUCCUAAGCCGGGUGCUCUCCCCUCCCCUUUGCCGGCUUCCCUCCUCCUCACUAUUCUCUCUCAUCUCAGGCUGCUGGCAGCUGCACUCACUGAAGAUGGCGGACUGCAGCACACUGCUGGAUGAGGAUCUGGAGUCUUUCGUUUUCAGCUACCUGACUGACAGUCCGGAGCCUGGUGCGGAGCCUCUGUCCCUGGACUUCCCCGAGAUCGAUCUAUCCCAGUUGGACACCAGUGAUUUUGACACCAACAGCUGCUUUAAUGAGUUGCAGUGGUGUAACGACCAGUCAGAGAACGAGUCCAGCCAGUACAGCACUGAUGACUCUGAGUUGUUUCAGAUCAUUGACAGUGAAAAUGAGGCCUUGUUGGCGGCCCUUACACAGACACUGGAUGAUAUACAGGAUGAUGAUAUCAGCUUGUCAGCCUUCAUAUCGUCGGGAGAUGGGGACUUCUACCCCGCACCUGCCCUAUCGCCAAAACCCAGCCACCCAGCUGAGUCCCCUAAGAGUCUAGAAACUGAAGAUGAGCUGUCUAUACUGAAGAAAUUGCUCCUUACUCCAGCUCAGACGCCCACAGGCUUUGAUGCCCACAAUGACAGCAGUACUCAACAUCAAAGAACCUCAAAAGUCCGUCCUCAUCGGCAGUGUUUGAAGGUGGAGACUCCAGUAGAAAAGCAGAAUGGAAUUCCUCUAGCACAGGGCAGAAGCUGCACUGAGCUACAAAGGCAUUUGGUAUCUGCCAAACAUGCCUCUCAGUCUUCAGCCAAUGAUGGCAGCCAAGACAGCAAUAAAGAAGAAGAAAGUGAUUCAAAUGAAGAAGGGCAAAGUGAAGAUGAAUCUGUGAGCAACACACCAUACACCUUACAAAAUCCUGAUCCGCAGUUCACUUGUGAAAAGGAGAAGCGCGCAGUUGUGGACCUCAUCCGUUAUAUGCACACCUACUGCCUUCCACUCAAGAAACAGCAAAGUGACGAGAAACACCAGCAUUGUAAUAGUCUCCUUAAGAGACCAAAAGCUGACUCCUCCCAGCACCCGAAUUCUUGUUCAAACCAAGGAAACAAAGUGGACUUCACUAAAGCUAAAAGGAGCAGCCUUACCUUGGACAAACUUAAAAAUACAAAGUUGGCAAAAUCUGGGCACUCAAUCCUGAAAGAACUUCUAGCAAAGGAUAUUUGUGGGGAUGUAAGUAAGCCAUACAGGUUGGCGCAGCCAGUAUACGCAGCAUUCUCUGAAUCCUCUUGUAGCCAUACGCUACAAGGGAAAACAGAGAGGGGGCUGGCAAGGGUUAUUAAACCUGAAUCGGAGAAAACUCAAAAGCCAUAUCUGACUCUCAGGAGAGAGGGCAGAUUUAUGGAAGCUGAUUCUGGAAGACCGGGGCACACUGCUCUAGAGCAAGUGGCAAAUAAAUUUGCUCCCAAACAGGAAUGCUCUAUUUAUGCGGUUAGGCGUUCCAGUAGACUAAACCCAGGUUUCUUAUUUAUUGACGAAACCUCUCCAGAGACCUGUAUUGCACAGAAAGACCCUGAUAGCCCACACACAGCAGCACGGGCUCUCUGUUUGGCAGGAGAAUCAUUUGUGGAUGAAGAAGAGGUGGCAGAAGUUGAAGUGUCAGAUGAAACAAGUGUCCAGAUGGAAAUGGACAGAACCAUACAAGACCUUGAGAUCCUAGAGAGGGAUGCAUCAGAAGCACACACUUAUAUUGUUGGCCAACAGUAUCAUUCCCUAGGCAAUACCGGAUGCCCUGCAUUGUCUUUGCAACAAACGAGCUCUGCAUUUGAGAAAAGGAAUUUUGAGCAAGGACUUACUGUUGAGCUGUGUGGGACUGCAGGACUGACACCACCAACUACUCCACCCUACAAGCCUGCAGAAGAGGAUCUGUACAAACCUGAGCUUAGUCAGAACACUGUAAAUAAGGAUUCUUUCAUUGGCUCGUCUUUUAAAGUGGAAUCACCUGAAGAACAUCUUAUAAGUAAGAAGCUAUCCAAGAGACAGCCAGAGAGGACUGAAUUAUUUGCACACUUGAGCAGGACGGAGUCUCUCCCGUCUAACGCCCCAUCACAAGGGAUUAAGAGGCCAUUUUCACGGUCUUUUGGAGACCACGAUUAUUGCCAGGUUAGAAAACCAGAGGCUGUGUUACAGAGAAAAGUACUGAAGUCUCUGGACCUGCCAAGCUACACUGAAAAGCGACAGAAGCACCCUGUGGCUCCGGUACAACAAAGGAAAGCUGAAAAAAAGACCAUAGAGUCUAUUGCACAUGACAACAAAGUGUUAAAGGACCAUGAAAUUCGCGAGAGUCUCACUAAGCACUUUGGGUUUCCAGAUAAUGCAAUGAAAGAGGAAGUAGAUGAUGUUACAUGUAUCAACCCUGAAUAUGAUUCAGUCUUUGAGGACAGUGAAUGCAGCUCUCCAGAGGAUGAGGUCUGCUUGUCACCUCUCAGAACAAAGUCGUGUUCUCGAAGAAGCCUUAUAUCCAAGGUGCCGGGAUAUCCUCAAAGUCAGACCACUGCUAGAAUGAUCAGCUCACCCAACAGUCGGAGGACAUACAGAUUUGAAAGCAAUGAGCAGAGCUUGAGCCAAAGGCAAAUCCAAAGGAAGAGACAGAAGGCAAUAGACGAAGGUCGCGUCAUCUACAUCAGAAACCUCUCCAACAGUGUUAAUGAUAAUGAGCUGAAGAGAAGGUUUGAAGUGUUUGGAGAAAUCACUGAAUGCCGGGUCCUUAGUAGAAACAGAGGAGAGAAGUAUGGCUUCAUUACGUACCGGUGCUCAGAGCACGCCGCAUUGUCACUAAAGAAAGGCCCCUCUCUGAGAAAAAGGAACGAGCCCUCAUUUAACAUGAGCUAUGGAGGCCUCAGGCAUUUCUUUUGGACCAAAUACAAUGAUCUAGAUUCAAACACAGAAGAGUCCUCGCCAACUGUAAUGAAGAGCAAGUACGAGGCUAUGGAUUUUGACAGCUUGCUGAAAGAGGCACAGAGAAGUCUUCAUCGAUAACAGCCUUAUCUAGGAGGAGUACCUCAAUACCUCAGUCAAGGCACUUCCAACAUGUUUACGAAACAUAAAUGGAAUACAGAAACGAGAGACUUUAUCCUUUGAAUUGAUGUUUACAUUGAACAAAGCUGCUUCUGUAUGUGAUCUAUCCCAUGGUGUUGCUGUCUCACUGCCACAGUUUAGUGUCUUUGCUUUUUUCGGGUGCGUCUGUAAACCUAAUGUCCAACCUCUUUCCCUUGUGGUCGCAGCUGUGUUCUCCAUAACAUUUUUUGUCUGUAGUACGUAAAAACAAAACAACAACAACGUCUUUUGUGAAUACAGUCUGGAUUACACAACUAAUAUUACUAGGAGAAAGUUGUAUAUUCUUUAAAAAUUGUAUUUAUGGUUCACAUGUACUGUAUUUCAGAUUGGUGUCUGCUUCAUCUUAAACUAUGCACUCUAGUGAGGUGUUUGCGAAAGAUUAGAAUUAAUCCUCAUACUUUAAUGAUCAUUCUGAAAUCAUUGGGCAUUGGUUGUGAAUCUGGAUGAAUGCGGGGCUUUGAAAAUGAUAUCGUUGAACUUUAUGAGGAAAAGAGCUUUUAGUAUGUGUUACUUCUAGACGUAAAACACUGUAAGUGUAGACUAGGCCUUUUAUGCAGGACACUGGAUCACGCCUCAGUGUUUUUCUCAUACAGUUUCAUUAGCCCUGUAACCUGUUCCCUCCUUAUUUAUUUGAAGCCAGUUAUGGAAGUCGCACAAACACUUAAUAUAAUAAUUAAAUCAUAAUUACUGGCUUUAUAAUUAUCACAUUCCUUUAUCAGUGUCAUCUUCAGAAUGUUUAAAAGAUGACGUUUGACUAGAAUAUGUCGGUCUUGUAGCGUGAAUGCAAUUUACAUAUUUUAUGAGCACUUUCAAAAUCAAUUCAUAUUUUAAACAUGGUUUUUUAAGGCAAUACUGUACGAUCUGGCUGUGUUACUUUGAACAUACGAACAACCAAUUUGUAUGCAACUUUUUCUUUCUGCACUUGAGGAAAAAUAUUAAUCUGGUGCCCUAAAUGCAAACCAGAACACAGUAUUCUUAACCUAGAAUUAAAUGUUAAUGCCCGAAACCCUAUUGUAUGUGCAACAGACCAUUUCUCCUGUCAUGGACAGUAUAACUUUCUUUUCCAAAGAUUACUAUGGAGAGUUGCCUCCUUAUUACAAUAUUGUAUAUAGUGAAUAUCAUUGUGACAGACAGCAAUACACAGCUGGAAUAAUGGCCGCCAUAUUGUUUCUGAGGUAGAAAUUUAGCUUUGUAUAAAAGCUAUUAUUUCCAAUAAUGUUGUAAUUUACGUUUUGGGAAACUGGGACUGCUGAAGCCGUUUAAUACGUUUACCAGGGUAGCAUAGAAUGUAGGAAUAAGCCAUUUUGUGUAGUUUAGGAGACAUAGCCUUACUUCUUGACAUAGUUGCCGGUAGAUACCUUCCGGUCUUAUUUUUUUAUGUUUUGCCAAAGUUUCCAGCAGCUCCCGCAACCCUGGCUAGGAUUGAACAUACCACUUUGGCAAACACCUUAUUGUAGCUCUGCCUUUUUCUCUCAUAGUAUUCUCAUACUACAAUGAUGUUUACAUGUGAUUGCUAUAGAGUUUACUGUAGAAGAAAAGAAAUCUCUAUAUACAUAUAUAUAUACAUACAUAUAAAUAUAUACCUAUAUGAUGCCCUUAGGGUGAUUAGUUAUGUGCUGUGUUGUGCUGAUCGUUUUGAGAACACUAUGUGGAAUAUAUGUCUCCUUACUAGACACAUACGGUUUACACAAAGCACAUAUGUUGCAUUGGGGGUUUCAUUUGUUGCAGGAUUGAUAAUCAAUACUUAGAGGGGGGGGAGGGAGGGGGGAGGUGUUACCAGCUUUUCUGUGGCAGGUAUGUGAAUUCUUCUACAGUAGUAGUGCUUCCUUUUGCUGACCAGAGUCCUCUGGCUUUCAGAUAUAAGAAAUGAUAGAUGACCGAGUAUGCAAUCAAUACUUGGUGUACAUUUUAGCGUAAUUUGAGAAUUAUUUUACUUUUUGCUUGCAUGAUGCCUUUAGAUAAUAUUUAGCAAGGUGAUUGUCCAGCACUUAUACUUAAAUUAUGUCCCCACACCCCCUCCCCCCCCUAAAAAAAUCUCCUUUGGCAUAACAAUCAGACCCUAGAUUUGUGGGAGUGAUUUAAUUCCAUCACUUACCCUUCAAGCCAUUAAUCAGAGUGUGCAAACAUCCCACUAUGUGAUUGGUUAAUGUCCAGUGACAUCCACCAAUCAGUGUGCUUCUGGAUAAGACAUUGUCAUAUCCAGUAACUGUGUGACCACACACUGCAUGGCUGUGCCUGGCAGCUUAGAACCUGGCACAGAGAAGGCUGCUCAGUCGUGCGGAUUGUGUUUAAAACCGAUGCCACUCUUUUUUUCCUUGAACCAGCUUACUUUGUUAUGGAGGAUGGUUGCCACUAUCAACCUCCCUCUGGAUUUGCCACUGUGCAUAACUAGUCUCAUUGCGAUCCACCAAUCGUUUAUAAAUAGUUUAUAGACCAUGUUUAGUUGGAGGGGGGGGGGGGGUCCGUUUAAAUAGUGCGCACUUACCACUUAUGAAUGUAUUUCAAGUCAGAUCGUGGCCUGUAAUAAACUUUACGGUGACUAGGAUUUUCUAAUUACAAUCUUGAAACAGUCAUGACUAUUUAUUCUUAGCAAUCCUGAAACUGACUUGCAGUAGUACUGUAAUUAUGCAGGUUUUUUAAUAGUCAGUUUAGUUUUGGCUAUGCCAUACAUAUCAAGCUGACAUGAUUAAGCUAUAAUCUGUUUCGGAGGAGAGCAAGUUAUUAUUUCCCAAAGGUGACAUUAACCUAAAAGAAUAUAGUUGUACUGCAAAACUCACAAGUAACAAAUAUUUGAGACCCUCUGAGUGCAGUCAUGAAGGUGACCUUUACUGAGCCAGGUAGUCCUACUUGUCCGAGUUGUUUUACCCACAGGGCACCAACAGGGCUGGUUUUAAAACAAAAUAUGAGAAUUGUGAAUAAAUAUAAUUAAUAGAUCAUACAGGAUAAGAUGCCUGAAAACAUGUACAAGAAUAUUUCCACCUAUAUAAAUUGUCCUACUGUUUAAUGUAGCAGCAACUUACAAGAGAAGCUGUCAUUUAAUGUAGUCCGUUAUGGAUCAAAUUUGACUUGUGUGUAAAAGAUGAUAUGAGUAAAGCCCCUUCUGUCUAAUUUUGCUUUGCUCAGUACCACCUGGGAUGCCAAAUAGGUUGCAAGUCUCUCCACCUACUGUAUGUGUUUUAGCAGUGCUUUUCCCUACAAAAUGUAUCAUUCAGUAUGUCCGCACUGUCCAGCUUUACAUGGGACAGAGGUAUAUUAGUUAUACCACACUGGCUGCUGGGAUGGCACAUAGGUGCAUUGCAGUCUUCAUUCUUUGGUUCUGCCUAAAAUGGGUCACAUGUUUCACUUAAUAUGAUUUUCAUGUGCUUAUUUCUGUCAUUUUAUCACCUCAAUUUAUUGUGAAGAAUAAUUUGCUAGUCUUGGAAGCACAUAUAUUUAUUUAAAUAUACUACAACAUAAGACCAGCAAGUAGGCCUUUGCUAGUACUUACAAAGCAAGUAAAAUUUCAACAGACCGGAAAAACAAAUUUGUUCUGUCUGAUUGCGGUAACUGCAGGUCUGUGUUACAGGUUUGCCCAUCCAGUCACUUAUAUAAUAUGCAAGCCCAUUUAGACGUAAAUGGGAGAUUUUUAACUAUUUACGACAAAAAUGAAGUAUUAAUAUGGUACAGGUUGAGUAUCCCUUAUCCAAAAUGCUUGGGACCAGAGGGAUUUUGGAUAUGGGAUUUUUCCGUAUUUUGGAAUAAUUGCAUACUAUAAGGAGAUAUCAUGGUGAUGGGACCUAAAUCUAAGCACAGAAUGCAUUUAUGUUACAUAUACACCUUAUACAGACAGCCUGAAGGUUAUUUUAGACAAUAUUAUUUAUAACUUUGUGCAUUAAACAAAGUGUGUCUACAUUCACACAAUUCAUUUAUGUUUCAUAUACACCU